GAGCAUUGCAAGUACUUACAACAUCGUGAUCAGUGCGUAUAUGGACAACAGCUCAACACCAUCAAAUCCCCCAGUGCACACUUGCAUAUUUUCUAGAGGAGCUUCACCUUCAGACACAUCAAAGAGUGCUCUCAUAUUCACGUCAUCACAAAAUAAAACAAAAAACAGGGAGCAUGGCUGGGCCAAUAAAACAUGUCAGUCAAUAAAAAUUGGUCAGUGUGGAACACGUCCAAGAGAAGACCACCAAUUUGGCGCUGUCAUGCGCAAACUCGAAGGCAUCGUGCUAACACGCUUUUGCCUUUUCUAGCAAUAAUUGCAGGAGCAGUUGCUUGUGUUGAGGCGCGCAGUUGGUGAAACAGCCGCCAUCCAAUUGAAAAGUAAAGAACAUGCCGCGGCCGUUAAGAGUGCCUUGGCAACUUUUUGAUGCCCCAAGGGGAUCCAUCAGCAUUUAUAGUGAUGUCAGGGCAGCCAGUCACAAAGGAUGACUGCCUUGACACCUGCUGGCUUCCUGCAAAGGUUAUGAAGGCCUAUUCGUGGGCAACCAACGCACCACUCAUUAGAGCAAGAGUCCACAAAGGCACCUGUUCUUCACCAAAUCGCAAUGUUCACUCAGGACAAUAUAACUCCCGCCUGCACAUGCGGCUUGCAUAUGGGAAGCUUUUGGCCAUCGAAGUGGCCUCAGAUUCUUGCUUCUUGCGAUAUCCACACCGACCCUUGAUGUGCCAGCGCUCAAUAGCCACCGUAGUCUUUUGCCCAGCACACGCAUUCUUCUCUGACAACAAGCAUCACAAAUGCAUUACUAAAUUUGAAAUUGUCUCUGCCAAUCGCAUCGAUCAUCGGGCCGAAACAGGCAUUGUUCGGGCAGCUUAUAUGGCUGCGCAAGCAGCCCCUUUGCACAUCGUUGCAAAACAGAUGCGCUGCCUUCUGCCUUCCCUGAGAGCCGCAGGCACCCCAGAGCAGUCUACCAUAAUCUGGCUACCUGAAUUGUCAAUAAGGAUUCCUGCUUCAUGCAGACAAGCCAGGUAAAUCAGAACAAUUUUACUUCGAGAGGGACCGGGCCUGCAAGCACCUGUCAUCCAGUCACACAUCUGACCCCCCAAUCAUAUAACAAUAUUGCAGCAGGAACAAUGCAAAGUCAAAGCUGCCCUAUGCACACAAGCCUCCUGCGUACUGGGACAGACGCCAGCACAGAAUAGAGAAUCCCAAGCACAGGACCCUUAUCACGGCCGCUCCUAGUCCCUGGCAAUUCCACAGGACAGGACGGCCAAAAGACACAGCAGCUGCUUUCACCACCAUCCAAUAAAACUAGAAUUCAGCCUAAGCACCAGCCCCACAUCACAGCAGCGCCUUCCUACGGCGUUGCAUGGCCCCCGGUGAGCCAAUUUAAGCGUUCACUUCACACGUGCAGCCCUGAUUCAGUCCACCUUC